AUGUCUCCUUCCACCAAGCCCGUCUUCGUCUUCGCGCCCGGCGCCUGGCACACGCCCGACUGCUACGAGAUCGUGCGUGAGCAGCUGCAUUCGAAUGGCUGGGAGACCGAGGCCGUGGCCUACCCUUCGGUCGGCGCGGAGCCGCCGAACAAGGGCCUGGCCGACGAUGCGGCGGUGCUGCGGGCCACGAUGACGACGCUGGCCGACGCGGGCAGGGAGAUUGUGCUGGUCGUGCACUCGUACGGCGGCCUCGUGGGCCAGAACGCCGUCGAGGGCCUGGGCUACAAGCAGCGCGCCGCCGCUGGCAAGAAGGGCGGUGUCAUCAUGUUUGUUUACUUGACGGCCUUCGUUGCGCCCAAGGGUGCCACCAUCAAGGCCAUGCUGGGCGGCAACUUCCUUCCGUGGAUGAAGUUUGAUGGCGAGUACUGCCGUCCCGACACGCCCGAGCACAUCUUCUACCACGACGUCGACGCCGAGGGCCAGAAGAAGGCGGUGGGCCGCCUGCAGCACAACUCGGCGCGCAUCUUCACCGACGAGGUUCUGUACGAGCCGUGGCACGAGAUUGAGUGCAUGUACUUCUUCUGCGAGGCCGACAACGCGCUGCCGCUGCCCAUCCAGCAGGCCAUGGCCAAGGCGCUGGGCGACAAGGCCGUCACCUACAGCUCCGUCGGCUCGCACUCGCCCUUCCUCAGCCAGCCCAAGGAGGUCGUCGACGGGCUCGAGUUCGCCGCCAAGGCCGGCCAGGAGAGGCGGUGA